AUGAAAUUGAAAAUAUUUCGGUUGUUGCAAUAAAAAAGCAAAGAGUAAAUCAGUAAAAGUAAUUUUUUAUUAAAAUUAUUGUAAAGGAUAAUAAAUGAUGCAAAUUUAGACUUCAACUAAAUGUCAAUUAUUAAAAUUGGCCAAAUACAUUUUAAAAAUAGUAAAAAAAUUAAUCAAAGUGGAAAUGAAUGUAGCUAUGACGAUUUUAUUUAAUAAUGAUAUUAUUAAUUAAUAAUGAAUUAAAGUAAUUAAAAUAUAGUGAUUAGACAUGGAUUUCAGUGUAAAAAAGAAAUAAAUUAUUACUAAAUUUCUGCAGCAAUGAUAUACUUAGGGCAUUAUUUGUUGAUUCUCUUUGAAACAUUAGAAUAUGUAAGCAUAACAUUUUUGAAAAUUUUAUCAGAAUCGCAUCUGGAUGUUAGUAUCGCUCUUCACAUUUUUUAUCACAUUAUUUUGGUUUAUCACAACAAAAAUUGAUCCAACCGAUCCUGAAAUAUAUCAUUAAUAUAGAUUGAAGGCAUAAAAGUAAAUAUAUAAAUGAAUAUACAAAGAGCAAAAUAUCAAACAAAAUUAAAUUGUUAUUGUAAAAUUUGUUUAGCUUUUGUUAAGGGACCUUCAAAACAUUGUAAAUCAUGCAAUCGAUGUACGGAUUAAUUUGAUCAUCAUUGUAUUUGGUUAAACAAUUGUAUUGGAUCGUAAAAUUACAAAUUUUUCUUUAUAUUAAUGUUUUUAUUAGAACUAUAUCUAAUUACUGUAAUGAUUGUGAGUUUUAUGAUAAAAUCAAUAAUUUGUUAUAUUGAGAUAGGUAUUACGUUUUUGUUACUGAUACCAAUAACAUUUUUACUUGUUAUGCAUAUAUAUUUUCGAUUUAAGGGAAUAACAACUUAUGAAUAUAUAUUGCUAAAAAGAAAAAUUGCAUAAAAACCAUCAACAACAUCAACAACAGGAAAGUUAGAUGAAAAAUUAUAAGAAAUUACAUAAAAUCAAACAAACAUUUAAACUAAUAUUCUAUCUAGAAAUUAUAUAUAAUAGACAAAUCUAAAUCCAUUAACAAAUAAUUAAAAAUCUUAAAAUAAUAAUAAAUAACCAAUAGAUUGGGAUUAAGAAGACGCAGAUGUAGAAGAUGCUUAAAGUUUUCAUGUUAAAGAGCCUUUACCAUUAUCUAGUUAGAAGAGCAGUGGUAGGUAAUUAGAUUUAUAAUGUAACUCUGCGAAUAGAAGAACUUGUCCAAAUUCUCAUCGGUAUUGAAUUGGAUUAUAAUAAUAGAGGGAAUACAUCUGGGUUAUAAUUGACAGACCAUAAACCAAUUAAGUCUUUAUUUAAUGUUAAAGAUGUCUAAAAUUUAUAUGAAGAUCAUAUGGUUAAUAAUGUAAAUGAAGGUUCUAUCAUCCAUUUUGAUUCUAAAAAUUCAUAAAAAACUGAUUAAUUAGAUAUAAAUAUAUGA